ACCGACAUGUUGAAGUAGUUCUGAUGAUCUGAAAAACUAACUUGUUCUUGCAAUGUGGAAGCACCAUUUGAGUCAUCCAAGUAAAGGUAAAGGCAGGUGCUUCCUAUAUAGGUUCCUUGCGCUAGGCAACUUUGAAAGUCUACAACGCCAACAGCUUGCCGCUCGUCAACAGGCAACAGCGCCUGUGAAGCUCAACGUUGCAGAACAAUUCAGCAUUUCUGUCACUCCGAAUGAUGGUUGCCUGGAAAAUGAGUAUUCGUACACUAUGGAAAUAUUCAUCCUAAGCCAAGUAUUUGACGUCGUAGGACUGGCGACGAAAGCAUCUACUGCGACGUGUAAUCAGGCCGCAACUAAGGAAUUGUGUGUGGAUCGAAUGCUUGCACUGCGGCCGCGCAAUACAUGGAUGGCAUUGUACCCCUAGACAAAGAAUAGUUCGUGGUCUUUCGCGAUCGCUAUCCAUGUUCCUGUUUCUAUCGCAUUUCCAUCAAGCAACGGACAGUCUGACGCUAACAACAGCGAUGCAACAACAUGAGGCUCAUUUUCCAG